AUUCCCAGUGACGGGACGUAACGUCACAAUGCACAGUGAAGCUGAACAUUGUUUAAUGGGUAUUCACUCUUCAGACUUCUCAAUGUAAGUUUAUGUUUAAUCUAAAUUUAGUGAAUUCUACUGUCAUACAAACACUGAAUUAGAUAUACGCUUAAUACCUAAGAUAAUUGAUUUUAAGCGGAUCCUCCAAAAAUUGAACGACCGAUACUAACUUUUGUUAAACUAGACCUCUAUCAGGAAGUUCUUGUCUGGCAAUUUUGUUGUAAAUUUCCGGAUAUCUAAUGAUCAAUGUAAUAUUUGUUGUUUGUUGUAUUGUUGGCGUUCGGUAAAGUUGGACUAUGUUUGCCUGAUAACACUUUAUUUUGUCUGUUUAUCUUUCAAUACAAUUUUAAAAGCACAUCUUGUAGGUUUACAAACCUAUCAAUGGCUUCACCAAAGAGAGUCGUGCCGCGUGUUCUGUUGGUCUUGGAUUGCGAUCGUACCAUCAUCGAUGGAAACUCAGACAUAAGAAUUUUUGCUUUACUCCCUGGUCGCAAGGUUCCCGAAGACAUCAAGAAACGAUUCGAAACAGAGCACAACAGCUGGACGAUCUACAUGGGCGAGAUCUUCAAGUAUAUGCACUCGCUCAAUAUCAGAAAGGCAGCAAUCCGUGAAUCGAUCGCAGGAAUACCCCUAACUCCGGGAAUGAAGGAACUCUUAGACUACCAAGCAUCGUGUCCGCAGCUAGACUGCAUCGUUGUUUCCUCCUCCAACUCGUACUAUAUAGACGUCAUUCUAGGGUCACGAAACUUUCGAAAUGGGGUCAGCAAGAUAUACAGCAACCAAGCGGAGUUCAAGAACGGUUACCUGAGGAUUCAGGAGUCGAGUCCCCCUCAGAGGCAGAGCUGCCCUCGGAAGUGUCCGAGGAAUCUCUGUAAGCAGACAUGGUUACGAGCUUUCGUCGGGGAGCAGAAGACAAAGGGUGUCGAGUACGACAGGAUCUGCAUGAUUGGAGAUGGACAUAAUGAUUUUUGUCCUUGUUUUUGUUUGAAGGAAAGAGACUAUGUUUUCCCAAGGAAGGGGUACUCUCUUUUCACGCUCCUUCAGGAACAAAAGGAAAAGAAAAGUCCUAACAAUGAGUGCAUUAAAGCAACUGUUGUACCAUGGGACACCGCCAAAGAAAUCUUAGCUGUCGUGAAAAGUUUCUUUUAGCAUUUAUACUCAUAAAACGACGCUUUUGUGCAAUGUGUUCCAUGCAAUAUAUUUGAUCUAUGAAUGAAAAAUAUGUUGGUCCGACCAUGACCUGUGGUAGCGAUACCAGAAAACGAUUUGUCUCUUUUCCAUUGCCUAAUUUUGACGUUGGUUAAUAUUGAGCAAUGAAAUAAUAAAAAAUGCACGUUAAGUUUGUCUUCUUUUGUUAGGUAAAGUACAUAAAUUGUAUUCCAGUAGAAAACGGGUUUGUUGGUUACUGUAAAUGAGCCGACCCCCCUCUCUCUCUCUCUCUCUCUCUCUCUCUCUCUCUCUCUCUCACGGACUGCCUUUUUUAUUUAUUUUUUUACAUCAUGCAAUUUAAUAAUCAGGUAAAUAUUGGAAAAUAUUUCACUCCAUCAUCUAGUUUAAUAAUCUAGCUAAUAAAAAGAAUUCCUUGUAACUUUUAUCUUUAAAUGAGAUGGAGAUAAACUUACCUUGUAUUGUAAUAUAAUUAUGUCUUAGUCGAACUGUAUGGUUUUUCCAGGUACGCGAAGGACUCGUAUUACUCAGCUUUUUUCAACAUUUUAUUAAGUACCGAUAAUUUUGUAUCCAAAGAAGAAUUGUGAUAGGUUAAUUUACAUAAGUCACAGGAUGUUAAUGAAUUAAGUAUUUAAAUAUUUCAGUAGAGUAGAAAAUUUGCCACGAUUGAAAGAUCAAUCAGAUGAUUUCUAUCACUGACUGUUUGAGAAAUACCGAUUUUUAAUAUUUUUAGAUCGGCUCCAAAGUUGCACUCGCGUAUGACGUAGUGUUUAUUAAUUACGGUGCAUUCCAAUCUUAGGAAAGUUGUGAAUUGUUGAAUAUUAACCCGUAUUAUCUUUGAAUUAUUAUACAUUUAUAAUCCAUGGGUUGUAUUUGGCCUUGUAAUAAAGAUUUAUCUCGAGUAUGAGAUUGUUUAAUAUUUUGUAUAAACCAUUCUUAGAAGAAUAAAUAUGAA